AUGGCCGUCAGACGACGUCUGCAACGUCAACGUCGCCGUCGCAAUAGAGAUCCGAGACGUUUCAAUGAUCGUUCCAAUCCCCUAGAGACCCUCAAUGAAGCUGAGGUAUUCAAAAGGUAUCGAUUUGUUCCAGAAACUAUUAUGUUCCUUGUGAGUUUAAUGCAAGACCGGUUAACAUACCACAGCCAUCGAUACAACCCUCUUACCCCUCUGUAUCAAGUUUUAGUAGCGCUACGCUAUUUCGCUACGGGGUCGUUUUAUAUUACCAUUGGGGACACGCUGUUAGUAUCCAAGAGUUCUGCAGGGAGAGCCGUACGUCAGGUGACCGACCUUCUCUGUCAUCAUGUCAAGGAAUUUAUUCGUCUGCCUGGCAGAGAUGAGAUUUCUGGCAUAAAAAACAACUUCCAUAAACUUGCAGGAUUCCCGGGUGUUAUUGGUUGUGUAGAUGGAACAAUGAUAAAAAUUGUAUCCCCGUCAGAAAAUGAAGCAGAUUAUUUAUGCCGUAAAGGCUUUUAUGCGCUCAAUGUACAAAUGACAUGUGAUCCUCAGUUUAGAGUGUUGGAUGUCGUUGCAAAGUGGCCAGGAAGUGUGCACGAUGCUCGGAUUUUCAGGGAAUCCAACUUAUGCACACUUAUGGAAGAAGGGCAUAUAUCGGGCUUUCUACUAGGAGAUUCUGGAUACGGCCUGAAACCUUAUCUCUUGACCCCGUAUAUAGCGGAAGAUGCUCCUGGAAACAGACGCUAUAAUGCAGCACAUUGUAGAACAAGAGUCACGAUUGAGCAAACAUUUGGAAUUUUGAAAAAGAGAUUUCAUGCCCUCCACUGUGGCCUUCGGACCAAGCCUGAAAGAGCGUGCAGAAUAGUGACAGCAUGUGCUAUUCUCCACAACAUAGGUAUUCAACGGAGGGACAUUCUGAGAGACUCAGACUUGAUGAAUGCAGUUGAUGUGGCCGUGGACGUCCACGUUAGGGUUCCAGAUGACGCUGUAGGACGCACCGUGAGGGACCACGUGAGAGAUACAUACUUCUUAUGA